AUGAAGAUUAUAUUAUUUUUUCUUUUUACUUUCAUAACAUAUGUUCUUUCUGAAACUUUUGGUCCUUUAGGGUUUGCAACAUUGAUGCCUCCUUUUAAACCUCCAGGUACUGAACAUCGAUUUUUCAAAAAUUUAGUAUCUAAGAUUUAUAAUUAUGAUGACAUUUUGUUGUUUCUUACAAAAGGAGAUACUCGUUCUUGUCUACAGCAUCUCUCAGAUGCAUGUGAGGAAUUAACAAGGGUAUACGGUGAUCUUUCCAAAAUUGGUGAUGCCGUAAAAAGUAUAUGUGAACAUCAGCGUGAAGCAUGCCAGAAAUUGCCUAAAGUCAAAGAAGACUUGUGUAGAGAUCAGUCUGAUACUUAUGAUUAUCUAAUGACUUUUCUUCUGUCUGGGACUGACUGCCAUACUGCUUAUACGAAAUGUCGUCUUAGGUCACGAGGAUGUUCUAGUGAACUCAGUAGAAAAUGCCGCACACUGUUAUCCAUCUGCAACUAUGCUUAUAAUGAAGAGCGCUUUCAUGUUCUUCUUGUAAAUUCUCUUGAUGAUUUUACCUCAGAAUCUUUCCGAGGAAAAUUGAAGAAAUUAUGUAAUGAACUAUCCUUCUUAGGCGAUCAUUUUGUACGGCUUUGUCUUAAUCCUGAUUCGUUACAAUCAUUACUUCCUACAAUACGCGAUUCUCUAAGAAAAUCGAGUCUUCCUUUUCGUUCAUAUCCGAAAAUGAGUAUGGGAGCUUUAUUGGGUGCUAUGAAAUUGGAUGGAGGUUUAUACUCACCAAAAAAUAACCCUACUGUUGAUCCUUCAUAUUUUAUGGGUUAUUUGCUUGGUCAACUUAAGCCUAUUUCAUUCGAGUCGGAUUGCAUAGAAAUAUGUCAGAGAUGUUUGGGUCUAGACUUCUUUUCUCAAUCAGCUUACUUCUGUGACGCUAAGACUACCGCUUCUCAGAAUUCUGUCUGUGCAAAAACCAGGGUUGAGCUUUUUGAACAGCAUAUACCGAAUUUAAAAAAGGAACUUCAAAAUAAACUCCCGGAUGAACAAUAUCCCGAAAUUGUUUCUUUAUCAGGUAUAGAUGUAGACUUAUGUAAGAAAUUUUUAGGACCAUGUUCUUACCUGAAAGAUCUUGAUCCAACACUUUAUAGCUUAUGCGACCGCCUUAAAGGUCAUUGUGUUUUUGAUUUAGAAAUAGCAUCUUCUCUUACUGUAUAUGAGUACUACUUUCGAAAAGUUUUUUUAAGAAAGGACUCUAAUACUCAUCUUGAUCUAUGUCAAAAAGUACUUCCUCGAAUAUGCGGUUUUACAUUAAACACAACUGUGGAUUUCCUCACUUUCUGUUUAAACCCAACUCAUACAUGCUUUUCUUUAGCAGCACUUGUUAGCCUCAGAUGCGAUAGGAUUAAAGAGGAAAUGACUCAAGUUGAUCCUUCACAUGAAGAUUGUGUCACUAAGUUGCGGGAGGCAGAAACCUAUGGAUCUCUCUGCACAGAAAACGAAGAAUAUGUCAAAUUUCUUACCAUAUGUUAUAAUAAAAAUCCUUUGGAUGAGUAUCUGAAAGGACUUGCAGAUUCUAAAUUAAAAAAAUCGACUCCUGAAAAUAAAUUCGGGAAACUAGAUGAUGGUUUUUAA